CCACAGCAACCCCUUCCCUUUCUCUUUCUCUCACACAUGUUCGCCUCCCAACAGUGAAGCAAUAAAAACGGACUCAGAAACGGUGGCGACCCGCAAGGCCCCCGUCCAUCUGAUCCGAAACUGCUGAUGGAGUUUAAAAUUACAAACACAUGGGACAGUUCACCAGUGUGCCAUGAGGGUAUAUCGCUGUCACUUAAACCAGGCGAUGAAGGAAUUCUGUUCGAGGUAAAUGGUCCUUUCUUCAAUGAUCCUCUAGCUCCACCUGGUGAAAAGGGAAAACCUUUCAAUCAGCUUUGGGAUUAUGAAGUUGCAGAAGCUUUUUUCUUGAAUAGCAUCUCAAACCAGUACCUGGAAGUGGAACUCUGCCCACAUGGACAACAUUUAGUGCUGUUACUUUCUGGUAGAAGAAAAGUAUGGCAGCAUGAGCUCAGUUUAACAUACGAGUCUUCAACUAAUGGGCAAAAAUGGGAAGGCAGAGCACUUAUUCCUUGGAGUUAUUUUCCUCCUGCAGUGAACAAUUUUAAUGCCUAUGCAAUUCAUGGAUCAGGUGCUGCAAGAGUUUACGAGGCCCUUUAUCCUGUACCUAAACACGAAGUGAUGGAGGGACAGGAGCCUGAUUUUCAUCGCUUGGAAUAUUUCAAGGAUUUCAACUUAAAGUCCACGAUGAAAGAAGAUUGGGAGCAACCUAAUUCUGAUCUGUGGGAGUCAGCAAGUGGAAUCAGGAGCUGAAAGACUGAUGUACUGCAACCUCAGCAAUCAUGCAAAGAUACAUAUAGAGAUCUAAAUUACGUAGUUUGCCAAAAAUAGCAAUCUUUAUCGCUAUGUCUUUAUGAUGGGAUUUCAAUCUUCAAUGUGACCAGAUCUUUAUUACUGCCAAUAGAGUAAAGAAAAUAUAUUUAGUUAUGUCACAUUAUAAAAAUGACUGACUGUCCAUUAUAAAAAGAGAGUAUAAACCCUAUGGCUGCUUUUCAAAGAAUCAUGUAAUAUAAUAGCACAGAAGAGGCCAUUCAGGUCAUCGUGCCUGCUGGCUCUUUGGAAGAGCUAC